AUGUUAGCGGCAGAACAGGAAAACGCUCAGCUCAGAGAGGAACUGGUUAACCUCAAGGGGGAGAUGGAAAGAAUGGCACUUAUGAUGGAAACUAUGAUGGCUGAGAGAGAGCAAGCAGCAAUCUCCAAUUCAACUCCUGUUGUGGUCGUCACAGCUGCACCUGAGGGUCCCCCGCAACCAUCUCCGACUACUACUACAACUAUCGGUCUCACCCAGCCUCUGAUGACUGAUUUUUCUUCUGGUAAUAUGGCAACUAUGGGCAACUCAGGCUUCCGUCCUCUUGGCCCCCAGGGUCCCUUUGCUACUCCUCAGUAUUCCAUGCCUUCAGGCUACCCUUGGGGCAUGCCGAUUGCAACCAACGGGGGUUUUGGUCCAGGCGCUACUGAAAUGCCUUUCACACAGGGUCAACAGACUUCGGCACAUUUCCAGAUGAGUCAACCGAUUCCUCAAGCUACCAUGACUCAAGCAGGUCCUACUGUGCAUGUUGGGCCACAACAUGAAGAGCAGAUUUAUCACUCCGACAGUAUAAUGGGGGAUGAUAAAGCAAUCGAUUGGGAAGAAAGGUUCGGUGCUCUAGAGAAGAAGAUGAGUAAUAUGCAGGGGAAAGAAACAGUCGUCCAAAGCAUAUAUGACCUUUGCUUAGUACCAGAUGUAAACAUACCUCCAAAGUUCAAGAUGCCUGUAUUUGAGAAGUAUCAAGGGGACACGUGUCCACAAAAUCAUCUAACUAUGUAUAUUAGGAAGAUGAUAGCUUACAAGAAUAAUGUUCCCUUACUCAUUCACUGCUUCCAGGAUAGUUUGACUGGUCCGGCACAUACCUGGUUCAUGGGGUUGAAAGGAGUCACUACUUUUGAACAGUUGGCUGAGGCCUUCAUGCAACAGUACAAAUAUAAUACCUAUCUGGCGCCAAGUCGCAAAGAGUUGCAGUCCUUAACCCAGAAAGAUAAAGAAUCGUUCAAAGAAUACGCACAACGCUUCAUUCAAAAAGCUGCUCAGAUUCGUCCUCCCUUGGAUGAGAGGGAACUUUCAGAAUUGUUCUAUGAAACCCUGAGCCCUUGUUAUUCAGAAAAGAUGAUUGUCUGUGCAUCACAGAAGUUCACUGAUUUGGUGGAAACAGGAAUGCGUAUCGAGGAGUGGGCUCGUAAGGGAGCAGCUGUUUCGGGAAGUUCUUCAGGUGGUUCUUCAGGGGUUUCGUCCAAUGGUAUUAAGAAAUUUGGGAAUGGUUACCCAAAGAGGAAUGCUCAAGAGGUUAGCAUGGUGGCUCAUGGAGGACCUCAGCCCGUGUACCCUAAUCACCCCUUUGUUGCCAACAUCACCCCACAAAUGACCGCGCCCCAGAACCCAAACUAUCAAUCACCCAGACCUCAAGGACCCGCACCAUACUAUCCCCCAUUAUACCAACCACUAUACAACCUACAACAAUUCCCUCAACAACCAUAUUACCCCCAACAACCAUACCAACAAAGACCACAGCAACAACCCCGUCCUCAGGCUCCUCACAAUCAGCAGAAUCAAAGGCAACAAUUUGACCCCUUGCCAAUGACCUAUGGAGCAUUGCUCCCUUCUUUACUUGCACAGAAUCUGGUCCAAACAAUACCACCUCCUCGCAUUCCAGACCCUCUCCCACGCUGGUACCGUCCGGACCUUCAUUGUAUUUACCAUCAAGGGGCACCAGGCCACGAUGUGGAGCGUUGUUUUGCUCUUAAGAAAGAGGUUCAGAAACUGAUAAAUAGUAAAGAGUUAACCUUCACCGACCCUGAUGCUGUAGCUCAGAACAAUCCUCUGCCUACUCAUGGGCCUGCUGUUAAUAUGAUUCAAGACGAUCAGGAAGAGGCUCGCAUUCUCUCUGUAGGUGAUAUCAAGACUCCUCUGGUACCGAUACAUGUGAAAAUGUGUAGAGCAACUCUCUUCAACCACAAUCAUGAAGCUUGUGACAUAUGUUUGAUGGAUCCUCGUGGAUGUAUACAAGUCCAGAAUGAUGUGCAGGGUCUCCUAAAUAGAAGGGAACUUGUGGUUACAAGGGAACCCGAAAGCAAAGACGUCUGUGUUGUCACUCCGGUAUUCAGAGCCAGGAGGCCGCUGGUGAUAAACCCUAACAGUACAAAGCCCGUUGGUACUCCCUUGGUAAUCUGUGUGCCUAGGCCCACGCCUACUACUGCUCAGAAAGCUGUACCCUACAAGUAUGAAGGCACGAUUCUAGAGCCCGGAAGUGAGACAACUUCACCUGUUGCUGUGGAUAAUAUCGCAGAGAAUAGCCGGAUUUUGAGGAGUGGCCGCAUCCUUCCUACGGUGGGUCCGAAGAGUGUUAGUGUUCCGGUCGAUGAGCCAGUAAAAGAGCGAAACGCCGGUAAAGGUAAAGCUGGGGAGCAGGCCAAAGAGUUUGACUUUGAGGAUGCCGAUGAAGUCUUGAAGCUGAUCAAGAAGAGUGAAUACAGGGUGGUGGACCAGCUGUUACAAACUCCUGCGAAGAUUUCCAUCAUGGCCCUGUUGUCAAGUUCUGGUGCUCAUCGGGAUGCCCUGAGGAAAGUACUAGACCAGGCAUUUGUGGAUUAUGAUGUAACUCUGGGUCAAUUCGAAAGCAUUGUGGGGAAUGUGACCGCGUGUAACAGUCUGACUUUCAGUGAUGAAGAUCUCCCGGCGGAGGGGAAUAAGCAUAAUCAAGCAUUACUCAUCUCUGUACUUUGCAGAACGGACUCGUUAUCCAACGUCCUGAUAGAUACCGGCUCUGCACUUAAUGUGAUGCCCAAGUCAACUCUCGACCAAUUGGCGUACUCCGAGGCUCCUUUGAGACUUAGCAAGGUGACAGUGAGGGCCUUCGAUGGAACUAGGAGAUCGGUGUAUGGUGAGGUAGAUUUGCCAAUUUCGGUCGGCCCACAUGAAUUUCAGGUUACUUUCCAAGUCAUGGAAAUCCAGGCUUCUUUCAGCUGUUUGCUCGGCAGACCAUGGAUUCAUGACGCUGGGGCUGUGACAUCUACUCUCCAUCAGAAAUUGAAGUUUGUAAGUCGUGGAAAGUUGAUCACUGUGAGUGGCGAAUCGGCCUUUUUAAUCAGCAAUUUGUCUGCUUUCUCUGUUAUCGGUGGUAGUAGUUCAGACGGGCCAUCAUUCCAAGGGUUCUCUGCCGAAGAAAGUGUCGGUAAGAUUGAGACUUGUAUGGCUUCGUUGAAGGAUGCCCGGAGAGUAAUUCAGGAAGGCAAAACCGAAGGCUGGGGUCAGCUAGUGGAGUUGCCAGAAAACAAGCGUAAAGAGGGAAUUGGUUUCCUUAACAGUAAGCCUGGGAUGUUCGACCCCACCAGAGGUUCUUUCCACAGUGCUGGUUUCAUUCAUGAUUCGCCAGAGACCAAUGCAAUUUUAGAUGAUGCACCUGGAGGAGUGACACCGGUCUUUGUGACGCCGGGAGGAGCUUGCUGCAACUGGAUUGCUGUUGACAUUCCUUCUGUGACACCCCGCUCUGAACUGAACAUAAGUGAAUCCGUUGAACACAGUGACCCCAUGCUUUCUCCCAACUUUGAGGUCCCGGUUUACGAGGCUGUGGCAGAGGAGGAUGAGGAGAUCCCGAAUGAGAUCAAAUGGAUGUUGGAACAAGAAAGGAAGACAAUUCAACCUCAUCAGGAAGAGGUAGAAAUCAUCAAUCUGGGUACUGAGGAAGACAAGAAAGAAAUCAAGAUUGGGGCAUCGUUGGAUGUAUCUGUCAAGAAAAGAGUAAUUGAGCUUAUCAGAGAAUAUGUUGAUAUAUUCGCAUGGUCAUACAAAGACAUGCCGGGUCUAGACCCUGAUGUCGUUGAACACAGACUGCCUUUGAAGCCUGAGUGUCCUCCGAUUGAUGCAGGUUUCCUAGUCACAUCAGAGUAUCCUCAAUGGUUGGCCAACAUAGUGCCUGUUCCAAAGAAAGAUGGCAAAGUCAGAAUGUGUGUUGAUUAUCGGGACUUGAACAAGGCUAGUCCGAAGGAUAAUUUUCCUUUACCUCACAUUGACGUAUUGGUUGAUAAUACUGCUAAGUGCAAGGUUUUCUCCUUCAUGGACGGUUUUUCCGGCUACAAUCAGAUCAGGAUGGCUCCUGAGGAUAGAGAAAAGACGUCUUUCAUCACGCCCUGGGGUGCUUUCUGCUAUGUGGUGAUGCCAUUUGGUUUGAUAAAUGCUGGUGCCACUUACCAAAGGGGCUUUAUCGUCAGUCAAAAGGGUAUUGAAGUUGAUCCCGACAAGGUCAGAGCCAUCAGAGAAAUGCCUGUUCCAAAGACAGAGAAGCAAGUCAGAGGUUUUCUUGGUAGGCUCAAUUAUAUCUCCAGAUUUAUCUCUCACAUGAUCGCCACAUGUGGACCAAUUUUCAAGUUACUCCGCAAGGAUCAAGGGGUGAAGUGGAAUGAUGAUUGUCAGAAGGCUUUUGAUCAAAUCAAAGAAUAUCUGUUAGAACCUCCAAUUCUUGUUCCUCCAGUUGACGGAAGACCUUUGAUCAUGUAUUUAACAGUACUGGAAGAUUUCAUGGGCUGUGUUUUGGGUCAACAAGAUGAAACCGGAAAGAAAGAGCACGCUAUCUACUAUUUGAGUAAGAAGUUCACUGAUUGUGAGUCCCGAUAUUCUAUGGAUCCUAUCAAGUACAUAUUUGAGAAGCCAGCUUUAACUGGAAGGAUUGCCCGCUGGCAGAUGUUAUUGUCCGAGUAUGAUAUCGAGUAUCGCACUCAGAAAGCAAUCAAAGGUAGCAUCUUGGCAGAACAUUUGGCUCAUCAACCAAUCGAAGACUAUCAACCAAUCAAAUUCGACUUCCCAGAUGAAGAGGUUAUGUAUCUAAAAGCAAAAGAUUGUGACGAACCAGUGUUCGGUGAAGGUCCUGAUCCUGAAUCCGAAUGGGGUUUGAUAUUUGAUGGAGCUGUUAAUGUCUAUGGAAGUGGAAUCGGUGCGGUACUCAUUACCCCUAAGGGUACUCACAUCCCUUUUACUGCGAGGUUACGUUUUGAUUGCACAAACAACAUCGCAGAGUACGAAGCUUGCAUCAUGGGUAUCGAGGAAGCCAUCGAUUUGAGGAUCAAGAAAAUUGUCAUUUAUGGAGAUUCCGCUCUUGUGAUUAACCAGAUCAAAGGAGAAUGGGAAACUCGUCAUCCUGGAUUGAUUCCCUACAGAGAUUAUGCAAGGCGUUUGCUGACUUUCUUCAACAAAGUAGAGUUACAUCAUGUGCCCCGCGAUGAGAAUCAAAUGGCAGAUGCUUUAGCUACUCUAUCCUCAAUGAUCAAUGUGAAUGGUCACAAUACUGUGCCAGUAAUCAAUGUCCAAUUUCUCGACCGACCUGCUUAUGUGUUUGUAGCUGAAGCAAUUGAUGAUGACAAGCCAUGGUAUCAUGAUAUCCAAGUUUUCCUUCAAACUCAAAAAUACCCACCUGGGGCAUCCAACAAGGACAAGAAAACAUUGAGAAAAUUGCCAGGCCGUUUCUUCCUUAACGAAGACGUUUUGUAUAAAAGGAACUUUGACGGGGUCCUACUUAGAUGUGUGGAUAAGCAUGAAGCAGAAAAAUUGAUGCAUGAGAUACAUGAAGGCUCUUUCGGAACUCACUCAUGUGGGCACGCCAUGGCGAAAAAGAUAUUGAGAGCUGGGUACUACUGGAUAACAAUGCACGCUGAUUGCUACAAUCAUGCCAAGAGAUGCCACAAAUGUCAAAUCUAUGCUGACAAGAUUCAUAUACCACCAUCUAUGCUCAAUGUCAUCUCUUCCCCGUGGCCCUUCUCUAUGUGGGGCAUUGACAUGAUUGGUCGGAUUGAACCAAAAGCUUCCAAUGGGCAUCGCUUCAUAUUAGUGGCUAUCGAUUAUUUCACCAAAAUCAUCACAGACAAUGGCACAAAUCUGAAUAACAACAUGAUGAAAGAGUUGUGCGAUGACUUCAAGAUUCAACAUCACAAUUCUUCUCCUUACAGACCUCAGAUGAAUGGGGCAGUUGAAGCUGCAAACAAGAACAUCAAGAAGAUCAUACAGAAGAUGGUAGUUACUUAUAAGGACUGGCAUGAAAUGUUACCCUACGCUUUGUAUGGAUACCGUACCUCAGUGCGAACCUCGACAGGGGCAACCCCUUUCUCUUUGGUAUAUGGUAUGGAGGCUGUACUACCUGUAGAGGUUGAGAUUCCUUCUUUAAGAGUCUUGAUGGAAGCUGAAUUGUCUGAAGCUGAAUGGUGCCAGAGCAGGUGGAGGGUGAUUAGCUACGUGGCACUUGGUGACUGGGGUUUUGGCAGGACACAUCAGCAGAUGGGGAGGGAAAUGACAAUUUUGCCCUUAAUGAGUCUGGUUUCGCGCGGAAUGACCGUUUUACCCCUGCCUCCUUCUUUCCUUCCUCACGUAUUCUUCUUCUCUUCUUCUCAAUCAUACUUCUUGCUUUCUGAAACCCUAAAACAUCCACUCUUCUUCUCCAUUGAACCUUCACUCGCAUUCCCUCAUCUCAGAUUUACUUUCUCCAGUUCGAAAAUGUCAACUGGAAACAGCAGUACAGGGUACACGUAUGGUUCUUUAUUGUACGGUGAAUUCGAAACUUCCCGUGGAAUGCUUCCAAUGUGUCGUUGUGAGUUGCCCAUGUUGUUGAUUUGGGAUGAUGAGCUUGCUGCUGGUACAAGGCCAAUGGUUGAAGUGACAUCUAGGAUGGCAGUGACAGAAGAGAAGGUGAAGGUUGAGGAAGAAGUGGAGUCUAAAGAAAAGAAGUGUAAUUGUGUUGAAGCUAUGGAAGGAAUUUAUGACUUGAAGAAAGAUAAGUGGAAGAAGAAGAUGUUAGCUGAGAAAAAGAAAGUGGCAUGGCUGAAGUGGAGUCUGGUGGCAAGUUGGGUUCUCUUUUGUGUGUUUUAUGGAAGAAAGUAA